GAGGAGGAGGCGGCGGCGGCGAAGGGAGGCGUUUGGGGCCGCCUCCAGGGUCCGCUCUGCCAUUCCUGAACUGGGCCCUAGUCCCCGUGACUGUGGCAUCAGGGAAGCGAACUGUUAGGCGAGAGGAGGAGGCAGCCAGAACCAUAUCCCCUUCUUCCUCGGGGCGGGGGCCGGGCCAGGCCGGCUGAGCCGGGGGAGGGCUCCGGGAGGGAGUGCCCGGUCAGGCCAGCCUGUCUGCCGAGAUGGAUGACAGUAAGGUGGUUGGAGGCAAAGUAAAGAAGCCCGGUAAACGUGGUCGGAAGCCAGCCAAAAUUGACUUGAAAGCGAAACUUGAGAGGAGCCGCCAGAGUGCGAGAGAAUGCCGAGCCCGAAAAAAGCUGAGAUAUCAGUAUUUGGAAGAGUUGGUAUCCAGUCGAGAAAGAGCUAUAUGUGCCCUCAGAGAGGAACUGGAAAUGUACAAGCAGUGGUGCAUGGCAAUGGACCAAGGAAAAAUCCCUUCUGAAAUAAAGGCCUUACUCACUGGAGAAGAGCAGAACAAAUCUCAGCAGAACUCAAGCAGGCAUACCAAGGCUGGGAAGACAGACGCUAAUAGCAAUUCCUGGUGAAGAUUAUAUAAAGAUGAGUCAGUGAUUGAAGCCAAUAUUCUGAUUCCAAUGGAAGAUGGAUGGGCAAGAGUGUACUUCUUGGCUCCAUUUACUACCUACUGCUCAGUAGUCAUCUCUGUAAAUCUGCAGUUUCUACCAAAAUGUGUGAUCAUAGAUCUCAAAGGAUCUGGCUUUAACUUUCAAUACUUAGCAAAUCUACAAACAUUCAGACCUGUCUGGUCGGUGUUGCCACCCACGACAUUUAACAUGUUGUGAUGCUUGAAAACACAGGAGUAGAGAAAACGGAUGAAGAUUGUAUUUUUGCACCUUAACUCCACAUUGCUUUAUUGGUUAAUUUAUAUUCUUUCCAUGUAAUUCAUGUAAUUGUAUGUCUGUGUGUGUUUAUAUCACCACCUUUCAUGUUUUUGAUUGCCC